AUGGAAGGGGAAAGCUUCCACAUGGGAUGCUCUUGGUGGAUCUUCCGGACAAGUGAAGAAGAAGUUAUUGGGGAAGUGUUGCCUGCAGAGACGACGACUCCGCAGUCUGCCACUCUGCUCCUGUUCCCAAGUCUCCUCAAAAGCUCGCCAUGGCUCCGAAGCCCGCUGAGAAGACGGACAGCCGGGAAAAAAGAGUUCAAGUACUCUUCAGUUAAAAAAGUGCAAAGUGCAUCGCAGGAAACCAAAAAGAAGCCAGCCGGAGCCUUGUUGUCUGCUUUUGUCUUGAAUGCCAGUCUUCCGCUGCACCAGUUCACCGAAGACUCAAGAUGGAUCUUCUUGUCGAUUUUCCAAGUCGCGGAGAAGAAGGCAAAGGCGGAGCCAAAGAAGCCAGAGGAGGAGAAGAAGCGAAAGGCUGAGGAGCCGCCGGCCGAGGAGCCGCCGAAAAAGGAGGCCAAGGAUGAGUUCGAGGAGGAAGAGGACGACGUCGUUGACGCGAAGAAGUCCAAGAUAAAGUCGGACGUGGAAUUCUUGACGCCAGAUCUGACUCUGGAUGCAUUGCCGUGCAUGGGUAACAAGGUUCUGAUGUCCAUCAACGAAGGUGGACUCCAGUACAUGAUCUCAGGUGCGCGCGCUAACGUUGGGUUGAAGUCUGGCCGCCACAUGUUCGAGUUCAAGAUCGUGGAGACCUACCACACGACAGAAACCUAUAACAGCAGAUUGAAGCAGAUGAGGCAACUCGUGCGAGUUGGCUUCUCCACAGCAGGCUCCCCGCUGGUCCUUGGUGAGUCUGAUACCGCAGUGUUCUUCGACAACGAGGGCAACUACUGCACUGGGAAGACUCGAACUCCUCGGGUGGUGCAGAAAUUUGCACGUGACCAGGGCAUGGCUGUGGUACUGAACCUGGAUCCGAAGAGUCCUCAUGCGAACACAAUCAGCCUCUUCACAAAUGGCGUCCGUGCCUGCAAGCCCCAGAAGCUUCCGGAGAACCUGAUUGGCAAACCUCUGUUCCCUCACAUCAGCUACCGCCACAUGAGCGUCAUGGUGAACAUGGGCAAGAAGCCGUUCACGAAGAUGCCCUUCGUCUGCCGAAUGGUCGCUGAUGCUGCGGUAUCCGACAGCAAGGUGGAGACCCCUCCAAAGGAUGGCAAGUGCGAAGUUGUCAUUCCCGUGGCCUUUCCAGACGAAGGCACUUUCGACUGGCUGGACAGCUUCCUGGAAGAGAAGCCCACCUACACGGAGCUCAGUGACAGGCGGAUCCAGGAGUGGGCAGUGACUUCCGGCCUUCCGCGGCCAAAGGUGGGCCCACAGGCGUCCAAUGACAAGCCAUACUACAUGUAUGGCCUGCCGAGCCUGGACGACAUGAGCACGCAGAAGGUGGUGUCUAUGCUGGCGCCCAUGCAGCCCCGCAAUUACGUCGUGAUGGAGGUCAAGUCCAACCUCAUCAAAGAGGAGCGCGCGCAGGUCUUGAAGCGCUUCCCUUCGACACACUUCAAGAAGGUGGCCUACGUUGUGAUGGGGCAGCCUGGCCAGGACUACAAGGCCAGAGUCCGCAACAAAAUCCUGAAGAUCAAGCAGGACAAGGCUGACUCUACCUGGAGAAUCAAGAAGGCGCAGCAAGAGCAGAAGAAGAGAAUGAUUCAGCGACAAAAGGACCUGGAAGCGAAGAAGAAGGAGGCAGAAGAUGCGAAGAAGAAGCUGGAAGAGGAGGCUAACAAAACCGAGCAGGAGGAGGGUGCGGAGAAGAAGCCGGAGGAGGACACCGAAGCAGCGGCUGCGGAGCCCAAGCCGGAUGAGGAGAUGAAGAAGGAGGACGAACCAGCCGCAGAGGAGGAGGAAGAUUUGGGAGAUGAGCCGCCAAAGGUGGAACUCACGGAAGAGGAGGAGAACUUGAGUUUCCUUCCGAAGGGGGCUGUCCCCGACUUGACUCCGUCCGUUUUGAGCAAGGCGUUUGCCAACUUCACCAUCCCAGAAAAGGACGAGGGCUUCGAUGAGAUCAAGUUCAUAUGGCAAGACGAAGCGCAGAGUAAAGAGUACUUGCGCAAGUGGGUGCUUGAGACGAAGCUCACGACACGCAUCGAGGACCUGCAGCCAUCCCAGGACUUCAGGGACAAGUAUGCGGCGUGGCAGAAGAGCUUUUCGGAGCUCCAGGGAAAGCAGAAGGCCUGGAGAGCUGCAGGCUCCAAGAAGGGUGCUGCGUCAGGCGACGCUGUCGAGGACAUCAACGACAUCGGCGGCGGUGAGCCCCUGUAUAGCAGCUUCGAAGCCGAGGACUGGGCCCUGCUGCAGCUUCGCUACGAGCUUUUCCUGCUUCAAGAUUCCUUCAAGAAGGACGUCAAUGAUCCUGAUCGUGUUGCAAUCCCUGAAGCUCACUUGAGCUUCUACUACAGCAAAUACUUCAAGAAGCAGAUGAACUUGAAGCAGUUUGGCGUCACCGAGAUUGCAGACCUUGUCAAGCUGGCCAAGGACACCGUUGCCAUCAGCGAGGACACGAAAAUGUUCUCCACGAUCCUAGACGACGAUCUUGAGUCAAUGGACGCGCUGGUGAAGCUGACAGAGGAGAGCCGCAAGGAGCGGCAACGCAGAAUUGAUGCUGGUGAUGAGACAGCCCGGCUAAAGUUUGUCCUGCACAACCCUGCACCAGCUCCAGUGGCCCCGGCGGCGGUGGCCGUGGCAGCGGUGCCGGCGAUCCCUGGGCCCAAGGGCAAGGGCAAGGGAAAGAAGGGGAAGUGGUAG